AUGCAAGAGGCGAAGUUGUGUCGUGGCAGCAAAGUCAAGCAAAGUCAAGUUGGCUUGGCUGGGGCCGCCCCACAGUCGGGGUUGUGGAGGGCGAACCAGAGGCCGUGCUUGGUUGCUGUGGUGGGUCUCAUGGAAUCUCUCGCAAUUCUCAGAUCCUUCGCGGCCGACAUUUGCCUGCUUUCAGUUUCGUGUGCUCACCCGCAACUAGAUGAAGUAUACAAGACCAUUGGCGUUUGCGGGCCCGUAAAGGGAGCUGUUUUGAUGGGAGAGACGAUCCGUUGCCCACGGGGAUUGAUCACUGGAGAUAGCCUACCGUUUCUGCAGAAACACUCACCAAUGUCUUAUCUUGCGGUGUUGUCCAUCCAGAUUCCUCGACCCUUUCGGGCUUUCGAGUCCGGUGUGCGGCUGAUGAAAUACGGCUGUGGCGUGACUCAGCGGGAGUGUGGCGAUUGUGGUUGGACCCUUGUCACAAGCUCUUGCAAAGCUCACUUCGCUGUAAUCACAAGCUCAACAAAUGAUGUGAUUACGUUGUCGAAUAUGGCACCGGCCCAACCCCGAAUGGUCAUUCCUGCCUGCCGGCUUUCGGCUUUCCCGUUGAGGCGUUCCUGUCCAUCAUGGAUCAAGCCUGAUGAUUGCUUCCGCAGUUUCGCGGGUCAUUCUGCCAACUACAUCAAGAUCGAGAGGCCGCCAUCGCGUCAACACAACUUCCUGUCGCCUAGAAAGCUUUCAUGCCUGACGCAAGACCUUGGCGUUGGUGGAGAAAUCCUUGGCCAGUCUCAGGCAAACCACAAUUUGCUGAUCGAUGACAUGCUCUUGCACGGGAGUCUGAUUAUUCCCGAGCUGCCUGCCGACCGUCAACUUCGCCAAAAUCACGCCGGGUUCUGUUCUGCCACUUGCGGCCAAUUGCCUGUGCCCAUACGUAUCCGCCAUUGUGCACAAGACGGUUCACGAUCGACUCACUCCGCGAUCAUUUUGCAGCAGCAGAGAACUGGCAGUAUUGAUUAUCAACGCGCGUUCGGCACCGUCGUAUUCGUACCUGUGGUCUAG